AUGUUGCGAUCAACUCUCCUCGUCUCCCUUUCUGGCCUCGCAGCUGCAGCCAGCAACUACAACUUCAACACUCACCAAGCCCACCAAAAGGGCCUUCUCAUCCCUGGCGCUGGUUCUCAAGCGCUCACUUUCAGUCUUACUGGAACUUGCACUGGUGGCCAGAAAUCAUGCGGAGACGCCUGCAUCGAAUCGGGGGGCCAGUGUUGCAGCCCCAGCCUGGGCACCUACUGUGAAGACGGGACCUAUUGUACUGCUAGCGGUUGCUGCCCUGAUGGAGAGAUCUGCUCGGGAACAUCAAACGGCUGCGCAAAGGGCAAGGAGCUCUGUGGCCAGUAUUGUAUGCCCGAAGGAAAGGUCUGCUGUGGCACCGGCUACUGUAACGAAGGCCAGACUUGCAGCCUAGGAGAGUGCACUACUGGCUCUGGAAGCUCCGGUGGGAGCUCUGGAGGUUCUGGAGGUGGCUCUUCUGGUGGCUCUUCUGGUGGCUCUAGCGGCUCCAACUGCUACAGCUUCCAGGAGGAGUGUGACGAUGGCUGCAUGCCCAAGGGAAGCGUCUGCUGCGGCGGUGGAAAGUACUGCUUCUCCGGAGAGACCUGUCUGAGCGACGGUACUUGCAGAUACGGCUCGAGCUCCGGCGGUAGCGGUGGUGGAAGCAGCGGUGGUAGCAGUGGUGGCUCCGACGACGACGAUAACAGCGGCAGCGGAAGCGGAAGCGGUAGCAGCAGUGACGACAACGACGACGACGCUACUAUCACUCGACCUUCUCUGACCGAGCCUACCUUUUCUUCUCCCUCCUUCACCGAGCCCUCUUUGGACCCCGCCCCCACGAUCGGGGAAGAGCCCACGAUUUCCUCUCGUCCCCUCCCUACUGGACCAAGGUCUGGUGGCCCCGACGACGACGACGAUGGUGAUAGCGGCAGCAGCAGCAGCAACAGCAGCGGCGGAGGCGCUAACGCUGGUGCCAUCAAUGUGCCCAGCUUCCUCGUUGGCCUCGUUGCUUUGGUUCCCCUUUUGCUGUAA